GCAAAGGAGCGGGCAGGCGUCGCGCUCCGGGGAGUAGCAGUGCCUGCGCGCGCUCAGUGUGAGUGAGGAGUCGUCCCGCAGCGCGCGACGAUGCUCGCGCCAGCAGCUGCAACAUGAUGGAAAGCGCCGGCAGCCUGGGCCGGCCGCGCACGGCGGCUGCGGCGGCCGCCGCAGCCGCCGCGGCUGCCGCGCGGCUCGACCCUUUCGACCAGGACCUGGGGGCGGCCGAAGCGCCGCACUUCCAGAACGGAUUCGCCAUGCACCCGCACCACCCGCACGCGGCGGCCGCCGCCGCGGGAUACACGGCCGCCGUGGCCAGGGACUUUCUGUUGCGCGGCGCCACCGACCUGGCGCCGCCGCCCCCGCACCACCACCACCACCACGCGGCGACCGCCGCCGACGGCAUGUUCGUGCACCACCAUCACCACCACGCCGCGGCGCCGGACCUGUACACCUCGCGGCUGCCGCUGACCGCGGCCGACGUGUACCGCGGCGACGCGUUCCAGACGCGGCCCGAACCCGUGUACGCGACGUCGAUGGGCGGCCACCCGCACGGAGCCUUCUUCCGCUACAUGCGGCAGCCGGUCAAGCAGGAGCUGACCUGCAUGUGGGUGGAGCCGCCCGCCAUCCACCACCACCCGCACCAUCCGCACCACCCGCACGCGCAGCUGAGCAGCAGCAGCCCGCGAAAGCCGUGCGGCAAGAGCUUCUCGUCCAUGCACGAAAUCGUGACGCACCUGACGGUGGAGCACGUGGGGGGGCCCGAGUGCACCAACCACGCGUGCUUCUGGCAGGACUGCGCGCGCAACGGCCGCCCCUUCAAGGCCAAGUACAAGCUGGUCAACCACAUUCGCGUGCACACCGGCGAGAAGCCGUUCCCGUGCCCGUUUCCCGGCUGCGGGAAGGUGUUCGCGCGAUCCGAGAACCUCAAGAUCCACAAGCGAACGCACACAGGCGAGAAGCCGUUCAAGUGCGAGUUCGAAGGCUGCGACCGGCGGUUCGCCAACUCGUCGGACCGCAAGAAGCACUCGCACGUGCACACCUCGGACAAGCCGUACAACUGCAAGAUCCGCGGCUGCGACAAGAGCUACACGCACCCGAGCUCGCUGCGCAAGCACAUGAAGGUGCACGGCAAGUCGCCGCCCCCGUCGCCCUCCUCGUCGUCCGCGUCGGGCUACGAGAGCGACCCGGGCGCGGCCGGCAUCACCGCAGCGAGCCUCGGCACCGUGACGGGCUCUUGCAACGCCGCGAAUCCCGCCGUCGGCGCGCUGGCCGGGACGCCGCUGCAGCCGCUCGGGCUGUCCGCGGCCUCCCACCAGCUGGCAGCGCCGGCAUCGACGGCGCUGAACGAGUGGUACGUGUGCCAGACGGGCGGCAUGCCCACGCCGCCCAGCAACGAGCACUCGCCGCUGGGCGGGCCACACUCACACCACCUGGCGCCCCCGCCGUACUGACCCCGGCUGACGGGGGCUACAGGCUUCUGAGGACCCCCACCACGACCUGCGUGGAACCCUUCGGCAACAACCGCACGCCGCCGCCGCCGCCGCGAGACGCAGCGGCAAGCAACCACGGCGUUCACACCGGCCGCUACGUCUGCCGCAGCGCCGCCGCGCGGAGAGCGCCACCGCCGCGGCUGAAACCGCGUCCUCUCGCGGCCCAGUGGCCGUGCUAUACCAUCGGGCACGCGCGCUGAGAGCUUCCGCUUCGGAACCAGCGCUCACUAGGAAGGCAGGGCACAAGGCGUCGAGGAAGAAAAGCGGUUCCUUUCCUCGGCCUCGGUCUCGUGUUUGUCUGCUCCAGUGUAAAACGAACUCCGUAGUCAUGACCUCCGCGGGGAGCGAGGCGAUGCCUGGUGAAAACAGAGACGUGCCAGCGAGCGCGGUCAAUCUAUAGCGCGACAAGGCGGCCCAGCGAGAGAACGGAAACGUUGUUCGUGCCGUUGUAGCGCCGCCGCUACUGUGCCACUCGCACAAUGCCUUCCGCAGAGUGCUUGUCAGUGGCGACUACCGCGUCGCUGCGACGCGUGUGAGGUAGCGGUGGCGCGACAACGUCUUGCGAAGAGUACCGCAGGUCCACGGCCGAACAUCGGGCACCAUUGUGUACGGCGUGCAGCAUUUGCGCGAUGUGGCUGCGCGCGCGCAAACGCGCAGGAGAUGCUCAGGGACAGCGCGCACUUGCCGCGCACCGCAUACAUGAGAACCGGAUUCCCGACCUGCUGUGACUCCCAUUUCGGGUGACUCGCUGGGCGCCGAACGCGAUACCCUGUCUGCUUACCCUUCUCUUAAUUUCAUUUUCCCGGUCCAUUUCACGACAAAGCGUUCCGUUGGCUUGCCACUUCUCUAGCUGCGUCCAAAAUGCGUGUAAAUUCACAUCACGUCACAUAAACACGGUUUCCAUGGCCCAUAUUCACGUUCUCACGUAUGCAUUGCCGUUUGGCACUAUUAUUUUUCGUCCGGUUUCGCGGUCCCCAAAACCGUUGCAAAACGUUUGCUACCUUCUUCGACUUGAAUUUUGUGCAGGAAAUACGUCAUUUGGAUUAGGAGCUGUUAUGACAUCAAAAGCGUCCUGAAUUAUCUCAAAGCGCCCACGGACCUCUUAACUUGACGGUUGCGAAGUGUAUUAAAAAAAAUACACAAAACACUGCGAACUGCAUUAGUGCGGUGUGUUCAAUGUGCAUUGCCAUUGUGAGAUCAUAAGGUAUUCUUGUACGAAAAAGAAAUAUUAUUGUUAAAUGUUAAAAUUUUGGACGCAGCUGGAAGUGCGCAGAACACUUGCUGCUAACACCACUAACGCUGGAGGCCUGCCGCUGAAAAGACACUUGUACCGUUCGUGUGUGUGUUAUUAUUAUUUUUGAGGCUCUUCAGCACACAUGAGAACUGUACAGCUGUUUGUUUAUGCGUGUAUGUGUGUGUGUGACAUUCUUUCUUGUUGUUUUCUCUGCUUUGCAUAAAUUGACAGAAAUUAGCAUGUAUGAAUGAAAGCAGAAACGCUUGUGUUCUUUUUCGCUUGUGAUAGAAAUGAUUUUCUCCUACUGUGUAUUACCAUGCCGCUUCUGACAUUUGUAUUUAGCCGGAUCGGCGAUCUCAGGGCGAUCAUAGCAUGUGUCUGCCUACUUCCGUGCGAAAGAAAGGAAAAAAGAAAAAGUAAAAACACAAGGACACGAUCGAAAAGGACAUACGUGGCCCCGUCCACCACACUAGAAACAAUGGCGUGACCUUUAGCGGGUUAGACAACUGAAGUACGUCUGUGUAUGCAAAUGCCGCGUUAGUUUCACGAAGAUGAAGUGGUCUCCGUUUAGUUACUCGAAGAGAUACCAUCUUUUUUAAGCCAUUCGAACCAAAAACAUCAGAGCGCAAAAAGGAAAAGAAAGAAUGUAGUACAUCAACACAAGAAAACCGCCGCAGGAGACCCCUGUAUUCUGUCUCGGAGAACAAAAAUUGCUGAACUGGCAAGAAAAACAUCUGUGCUUUCAAACUCUCAAACAACUUGCUAGGUACAUAAGAUUUCUUGAUUUUCUACUUAUAAGACAGGCGACUUGCUUAUAUCUUGCAAUUUUUGAACAAAAUAAAUACAUGUUUACGCGCAUGUAAAAGGCAUGCUAAGGAAUGAGAUCGGUCAGCCUGGAUGCUUAGACAAUGAGACUUAGUACAUACCACUUGCAUCUGUCUCCUCAGGAGUCUCUCGUAUUUGAAUUCAUCCCUGAGGAGUCAGCGUUAUUUUCCUUUUUUUUGGUCAUGUGACAUUGUAACGAUGUAGGAAGCAGAAGCGGCUCUUUUAUUUAAUUUCGCGUUCGUGCGGAAUCAAUCAACGAAUAAUCAAGUAAUAAAUAAAUAAGAUAGGCAAAGCACUCAAUAAGUAAGCAAAAGAUGACAAAGAUCGCUAAAAUUAAAGUAAGGCGCAACCUAAGGCGAGAAGGUUAAAACGCCUAGUCCUUGCAAACUACUUAUAGGUAUAGCCAUUAUCAUCCAUUAUCGUUGUGUGUGCGCUCGGACAGGUAUCUUCUUCCUACGAGAAAGGAAGGUAUUGGGCGCGGGCAAGUUGACGCGUAAUCACAGGCAGCGUUGAAAGGAUACUGGAGCUGAACAAUAAAUCAGAUUAAACCGCUUUACACAACUUUUCGCGAUCUUCCCUCACAGAAAUUUAUUUGGCAGUCUAUACAAGGUAUGCGGACUGAUUUCAACAAUCUGUGGACCUGUCAUUCGUUCAACUAAUCUCCGUCUAUCAGUAUGUCUAUAAUUAAGCUGCAGACAAAAUAAACAUCAUACGAGGUAAAGUAACUUAUGUCUAUACAGCCAGUAUACAUACCUCCGAGUGCUUUCUUAGACAGUAACUAAGGCAAUCUUAGUGUGAAAAUUUGCAGCUGAAUGCCUAAUUUUUCUCCUUGAACUUUUAUUCGCGUUCGUACGACAGCAGCCACGAUGUCAUUGCGCGACAACACAGGUUUGGCGACUCGAGACCGUUCCUUCUGAGCUUUCUGAGAAUGACGCUGACGCAGUCUGUGACGUCAUAGGGACGUGCUUUCAGAAUUCGAAUGGGGAUUCACCACCGGCCUUUCGCUUUCCCGACGUCUCCUCGUGUGACGAGCGUCUGCUCUCAGCAACAGAGAACUAUUCGCUGUAUCAGUAUUGUGGUCUGCCUGUGUAACUGGGCGUCAUGUGUUUAACCUUUUGUGCCCUUCUAAGCGGCAUUCACUACCUCAGAUCGCGCGGAGCAAAGGUCGCGGGCGCGACUGCGCUCACGCGAUUUCACGGUGCGGCGAAUGAGUAUUGACACCGCGUGUCUCGCGGCGUCAUCCGAGAGAUUGGUCGCUUCGCAAGGUUGUAAAAUGCGCGACGUCUUUGUGUGGCGGGCGGCGUCACUCGCGUGUCUACUACGAUUGGCUGCAGCGAUCGUGACGUCACGCAUCAGGUGCGAGAGUCGAUGAUCCCAGUGUUCCAUUUCGACGGUGGAUGUGUACUUACAGUGACACGUAUAGCAGCGCGAAGUACAGCUCUUUCCUCGCAACGCUCCUCAAGUCAAGGCCGGGGCGUGCUGUAUUCAGGUGGCUCCAGUGAAUCUCGUUUUGAUUGCGUGUGAUCGCGCUGGACAUGAAAACGAAAAAAAAAAAAAUAGACAUCGUCACCGCGCCCACUCACCUUCUCCGACCGACAGAGAACUGUCACACGUCUUCCAAGAGCCAAUGAUGAUCUUGCGGAUAUGUCGCCACCAAACUAUUACUGCAUGCAGUGUUGCCGAAAUUUCGCAAAACAAUAUCCUGCGAAAAUUUGCACAAGUGUCUAAUUUGCCUGAGUACCACUCUUGCUUAUCUACUUCCGUUUCAAGGUAACCAAAAUGGGCUGAGACGUCGUCUCACAAUCGCAAAUGUUUAGAUGGCCGACGCGUGGUUCACUAGAAAUACCCAUUUUUGGAACCCGUAAAUCCGUACAGUUCUAACCUUUGUACUAUUUAUUCAUAUUGUUUCAUUAUGGUUUGACAGAAAAAAAAAUGUUUUUUUCAACCUUCUGGAAAUUUACUUCGAACAUUCAAAACGAAAAACAAAUUGAGAGAGAGAGUACUGUGCUGUUCAGUGCAUUGACGGGCAAUGAAAGCGGUUUUCAGGCGUACAAAUUUGAAAGUAGAAAAAAAAUGCAAAUGAUUAAACGGGCGCCUAAAGCGUUUGAUCUCAGGCCAGCGAAAGAAAGAGAGAGAGAGAGAGAGAAAAAAAGGCAAGUUCAUUAUCUGCUUAUCUGCAGAAAACCGAUAAGAAUAGAAACAAAAAUCUCUCGGAAUGGGCGUUCCAGAAAAGCCCAUUCGUUUUUGCGCCUGUGUUUUAUAGUCAAAGGCAGGCAAGCGAUGGAGCACAUUUCCUCGUAUGCGCGUACAGUCCUUGCCAAAAGUAUCUAGGCCAGAGCGCAAUACCGACAAGAGCUAUCAUCACCCGGGCCAGUAGCAGGCAUCUCGAGGCAAUCUUUGCGUUUCGGAGUGUGCACGUCAGCAGGCUCUGUCUUUCUAAAUCUCCGUGGCCUUGAAUAAUGCCUGUGCGGCUCAGUAGCUCAGAGACCGCAUUUUGAUGCUGGUAGAAUGCAAAAAGGCACCAGUGCAGAUUUCAGUCUGUUAUCAGAAAGCCUAGAUGGAUAAAAUUAUCCCGGAACCCUAGGUUUCGGCCUAUCUCAAGCCCCGGUUACAGUUUUGGGAAGCGAAACCCGAUCAAUUUUCAUAUACAACUCUUAAGGAACGACAGGCUGCACAGCAACACGUCGCAGUGAGAGCUCCGGUGGCACGCACGGUGGCCUCGAAACUUUUGGCACGAUCUGAACGAAGAACAUACGGCGUUGGCUCGCGUCCUCGCUUUGCAUGCCCAUGUUGUAAGAUAUACGCCUCCAUCGUUUUUCAUCCACUGUGUGUUUCGGCGUCACGAUCGUUGUCAUGCGCGUGUGUUUGUGCGUGCUCGCAAAAGUCAAGCUGCGCCCAUGUGCCGGUGCGUGUGUUUCGCGCACCUGCGCGAAGUAGGGUUGUCGAGCCUCGGGCGGCGGACCACCGCGUGUGUGUACGUCACCGCCGUCGACCGCGCCUUGGGACCACAAACAGAACGGACGUACUUCGACGCACCAGUCAUGCCUCGAGAGAAGAAGGCAAAAGGAGAGAGACACUGCGCGCGCUUGGUCACGUGAUAGACCGCUCGGCCGUGCGCAUCUACACGCAUGCGCAGAAGCGGGACAACAUUAUCUGUGUGUGUCUGUGUGUGUCUGUGCCUACCAGUAAAAGAAACAGCUGUUGUCGUGAACGACGCGCAGGCAACGGCGGAUGACUGUGUGUGACCGGGUCGUGAGUGUACGUGAACUGACGAAGUGCAUAGAGGACGCUAUACAUGAACAUGCAUGCUUGUGCGCUCUAUUCGGACGUGUCUGUGUACGUGAUAUGUGCGUGUGCGCGUGUGUCUGUGUACAUUUUGAGCUCUCUAUUUUAUUACGGCGUCGAGAACACCUCUUCUAUCCACGUCUUCUCCCUGGCCCGAAGCCUUUCACCCUCCGGUCGACAUCCCGCCGAGAAGAAAAAUCCCAAGUGAUAGAGCAUGCAAUGCACUCGUCGUCUAUUUUUGCAAUGAACUUGGACAAAACCGUAGGACGUGAAAGUGAAUGCAGCAUUAAAUGAGAGAGAGAAAAAAAACAGACG